AUGAAAUAUACCAAAUAUGAAGUGCCGGAUCCGUGUUUGCUACUGGAUCACCCAGCUGUACUUCAGGCAGCCCCGGUUCAGGGUAACAGUGCGAGAUGCUGUUUUGCUGGUGUUUUCCACAUCAAGGGAAUCAGUCGUUACUCUACCUUUCAGAAGGCUGGUGAACUGUGUCAAAGAUUAGGUUACAGACUUGCAACACAAGAGCAGGUCACUGAAGCCUACAAAAAAGGCUUGAGAACUUGCAGAUACGGCUGGAUUGAUGGUCAAAAUGUCACGUUCCUCCCAAACAUUAAUGGUCCAAACUGUGACUCCAGCUCUGCUGAGCUCAACUUUCCAUGCAAAGCAGCAGAAUAUCUUUCUGAUGCCUACUGUUUUGGACCCAAAGAUUCAUCGCCAAAGUGUGAAGACAAUGUUAAAUCUGAGGAUUUUAUGAAUGGAAACGCAGCCAAAGACAUUUCAUUCUAUGAAAAACCACGUGAAGACAUUAUUACAGAAUUCAAGACAGAAGGGUUUUUGGUAGAUGUGGAAGAAAUAUUGGAAAGAGUAAAAAGAGAAACGUCUCUUCUGAGUGACAUGAAACCCUCAACUGUGACCUCUAUGAAAAAUAAUGAAGACAUCAAGGACCCUACAAGCAAGCCCCAUAUUGGAAAGACCCCCAGUGUUUUGCUAUUUGAUACAGAGGGCAGUGGAUCAGGGUUGAUUGAUCCUGAGCCUAGUCAUUUCACAACAAGUCCGGUUACUACAGAGACAACGAAGAGUUAUUUAAAAGAAAACGAUACUGAAAAGGAUGAAGUGGUGGUUCCAGUACGUGCUAGAAAUGUGAACACCAAUCAAGUCCAGGACACAACACAAAUUAAUGUAUCUUUAACACCAGAAAGUAAAGUGGAGGAGGUGGUUUCAGAGGGAUCGUCUUCAACUUGGAUGAUAAUCACUGCAUUCUGUGUUGUUGGAGUCAUAGUAUGCAUUGUGGCUAUUGGCACUAGAGACAAGUGGUAUGGACCCAGUAAGAGCGCAGACAUCACAACUGAAAAGAACAACAAAGACUACAGUAAAACAGAAACGCUGCCGCUGUCAGAGAAGAGAGAGAUUGUGGCACUGAUGAAUGUUACGAACAUGAAAAAUGGGCAAACAGUGGACAUUACAGCUACAGAUGAAUAUUGAAAAAGAAUAUUUAUGUUAAAACAGGUGAGCUGAUGAAACUGGUGAACACUGAGAGCCUAAGACAACAGAUCACAAUAAUGAUUAGCAGUAUACCAAAUAAAGUGUAUGUUUUAUUUUGUUUUUUAGUUCUGGUUACUGUUUAUUCUUAUUUGCACUGAUUAUGUUUUUGCUAUUUGUUAGAUUCUUAGUGUCAUUUGCUGCCAUUUUGUUACUUAACAGGUUUUUUCACUUAUAGAAAAUGCUUUCUAGCUUAUUAACUGAUUGUUAAGAAUGAUAUGGUGAGAAAACAUUCAAUACUGGUUUUCAUCUGUUUGUAAGUACUAUGUACUGUUUGUGACAAUGCAUUUUUGAAUGUUGACAUUGCCCUGUCUUUUAGAAAUAGAAAAAACCCUAUCUAGUUUUUAUCGCAGUGAAGCCACUGUAUGUCUUUGCCUUCAUUAAAUUACCUAUAAAGAUGAA